AUGAUACGGGUCAUAGAAUUAGAUGGAUGUCCAUGGCGAUGCGAUUGUCAUCUGCGAGAUUUUAUAUCUUUUCAACGAAAAACCCUAAACGCCAAAUCAUCACAGUGUUAUGAACCAUCACAAAUUCAUGGUAUCAGCUGGGACGAUCUUAGUUUAGAGGAUUUCGCAUGUGGACCAGUAAUCGAAGGACCGCUUCAGGAGAAACUACAGGCAAAGGAAGGUGAAGCUAUAUCAUUCCUGUGCAUCGUUUGGGGUAACCCUAAGCCUGUGGUACAGUGGUAUAAAAAUGGAUUUGCCCUUCGGCUUCUCUAUUCCGACGAUGAUCGAAUUGCUGUGGAAGAUGCCGCAUCCAGCAAUGAAACGUAUCAUUUGAUGCAUAUUCGACAAACGCUACCCGAAGAUGAGGCUACCUACUGGUGCAGAGCUACCACAGGUUUCCUCGUUAGUACAAAACGUUUUGAUUUACGAAUUAGUUCCAUGAGACGGUUGAAUACAAAUGAAAAGGAUGAUCAAAUGCUUCCACCUAAUACUACUGUUAGCAUUUUCACGGAAUUUCGGGGAGAAAAUGGAGGAUGGAAGAAAGCAGUACUGCAAAAUUGGUCCAUAGGGCAGCUGAUGCUGUUCGCUGUUGUAUUAUUUGCUGUAGUAUUAUUCUUUGUGACUUGCACUUUUAUGUUUAUUAGCUGGUAUCAGAUUCAGAAUCAUCAUGAAACUUCCAGCAAUCAGUUAAAGGAAGUGGAAGUGUUUAAGGCAGCAAAACCAAUAGCGCAUUCAACUUUGGAAGUGACAUCAGUGCAAAAUGAAUUCAGUGAACUAUCGCAAAUUCAGAAAUUGAAAUCACUACUGCUCCAAAAGGAAGAAGCAUUAUUGGGAAUUAAUUCUUCAGGGAGUGCUAAUAAAUUGAUUCGAAAGGCGCCUUUGGCACAAUGUGAUCGUGAUACUUCUAUAUUGCCACUUGUACAAACUUCUUUGUAA